AUGUCUGGCGAGUUCAUCAUCAAGGACCAGCCUGCAGACGGGACUGAUGCAUUUGCCUUACCUCCGGCGGCGAUGAGUCCGAGCAAGGGUGAUUCGACGAGCCGACGGUCGUCACGAUCGGAUCCCACCUUUGUCCCUGCAUCUCCCAUGUCCCCUGAACUCACUGCGCGAGGCCGGUCCACGCAACACGGUCGGACAGGGGCCGGGACCAAGCGACCUCUGGAGGAUCUGGAUCUCCCUCCUCCUCCCACUCGCACUCGCAAGAUCAUCCAGAUGAAACCCAAGAGCCCGGCGGCAUCGAAAUCGCCUGCCAAACCCAAGGACAGCACCAAAGUCACCACCCAGUCAGUACCGGAGCCGACCAUUGCUACCGCCAAUGCUACGGCCACCGUUGCUGGCUCAAAGAAGAAGCAACCGAGUGCCACCAGUGCGGCAGGGCGAAAGAUUGCUCGCAAGACGGCGCACAGCUUGAUUGAACGCCGUCGACGAUCCAAGAUGAAUGAAGAAUUUGGCACCCUCAAGGACAUGAUCCCGGCGUGCCGUGGUCAAGAGAUGCACAAACUGGCGAUCCUACAGGCGAGCAUCGACUAUGUCAACUACCUCGAAAAGUGCAUCCAAGAUCUCAAGACCACUGGAAAUGUGCCUCAUGCAUCCGCGCCUCCCUCACCCACCUCACCUGAAUUCAUCGCCGAGACCGGGACGGGCAAUGUCUUACACAAAGCACCCCAGCGGCCUCCCUCGUCCACGUAUUACUCAUCCGCCUCCUCUGUCGCUUCCCCUGAAAUCUUGGCCCCCCACUCACAUAUCUACGACGCCUCGCCAUCUUUUUCCCCGCGCACCCGUAUGCCAUCCAUUCAAACCAUUCCAGAUGUCCCAUCUGUCUUGCCCAGCCCAGCCCUGGGGCCAAGUUAUGCGCCCAUGGACAAAGUCCACGAUCUCCAAGGGAUCGAUCACGAGGCCUCGGCUGCUUUGCUCAUGCUCACUCGUGAUCGUCGCGGGACCGCAGACUCCAUCAAUGAAAAGUUCACUGGUAGCACCACGCUGGCGGCAGAAGAUCACCGGGGGAGUGUUGACCGGAUGAGCAUUGAUUCGCAAAGACGAAAAGGUAUGAGCGUCCGUGACCUUUUGAUCUCGUGA